AUGGAACAGACAAAUAUGAAAGUUAGUUCUCAAGUGCUUAACAUGAACCAAAUAUCGCUGCUUGUAUCUAAACAAUUAAAAGUUGCAGAUAAAAAAUUUAAAACCUCGACCAAGGAACACUUUGAUUGGAGCAACAUUAAAAGGACUCCUCAAUUAUUGAGGCGAAAGGCUAAUUUAGAGUCAUAUACAGUCGAUGAAGGUUUUGACGAGUUGGAGAGUAAUCUAUUAUAUAUUGAGAAAAAAUUGAAUUGUUUAAUCAAAUACACUUCGGGGUAUUGCUCUGGUAUUCUCAAGGUUUUAACGCACUCAAAAAAUAUAGGGCUCUUCCUCCAGCAACUAUUUGAUCCAUACAAUACUUUGCCGGAUUCAAUAAAGACAAAGCUUGAAGCGAAUAGAAACUUUGAUUCUCAAAACGAAAGCAUAUUUCUGUCAGCAUCAAGGCAGUGUAUAUUUCGAGAAGAGUACGAAAUAUGGUCAAAUUGUGCAUCUUACGUGGAAUGCACUAAAACCAUCGAACCAUCCAUUAAGAAUGAAAUUGAAAUACUUGGAGCUAUGGUAGAAGUGAGAGUUUCUGAAAUGCUCAGUCUAAUAAGCUUUAUAAAGAAACAUAUUAGAAAUCGUAACUACGCAUUAAUGGAUUAUGAUAAAACAUACAACGCCCAUGAGAGUUUGGCGUUGAGGCAUAAGACUGAUGAAUUAUCAAUUAAGCAAUCUCAACAAAUGCAUAAUUUAGAAAGAAAGUUAGAAGGUAAUAAGGUGAUUUAUACUGAUCUUAAUGGUUUACUAAAAAAAGAAUUGCCAUUUUUCUUCAAAUUGGUGGAUUCAAUUUUGCAGCCGAUCCAACUUCGGACUUACUACGUCCAGCUUUUAGUAUCAUAUCAAAUAAAUAUUAAUUUGCUAUCAAUUCAAGAUAUAUUUCAUAUUGAUUUGGAAGAAUUAAAAAGAGAUACUAAUGGUAUUAUCGAACAAUUCAAUUCAAAGAAUAAAGUUGCAAGCGACUUACUAAAUCUGUUAUCCAUUAUCAAUUUUCGUGAAAAUUUCUUCGGUGAACUUACAGGGUCACCACCCCUCUUCAAGCCCGAAAGAACAUUAAUCAACAACUACGAUCUGGAUUAUAAAUACUGUCAAGCAAUAUUUUCGUUUAGAGGUCAACAAGAAGGCGACCUCUCGUUUAAGGCGGGUGCAAUCAUUAAAAUAUUUGAUAAAUCAGGUGGCUGGUGGAGAGGUAGUAUUGAUGAUGAAGUCGGUUUGUUCCCAGGAAACUAUGUUAAAAUGCUAUGA